UGCAACAUGCCGGCAGGCUGCAGGAAACAGCUGGUCGGGUCCUGCUGCUGACGCGGAGCCUUCCUCCCGCACCUCCUUUUCGUCGGCAGGGCGAUCGGCGCCAUGGCUGCCCCCGGGAGCCUCUGUGGGCCCUUGUACAGCUGCCUCUUCGAGUACGACACCCCCCGGAUCGUGUCCAUCAAGAGCCGCAAAGUGGGGCUCAUGAACCGGCUGGUCCAGCUGGCCAUCUUGGCCUAUGUGAUCGGCUGGGUGUUUGUGUGGGAAAAGAGCUAUCAAGAAACGGAUUCCGUCGUGAGUUCGGUGACUGCGAAAGUGAAGGGCGUCGCCAUGACUAACUCUUCGGAGUUGGGCCCCCGAAUUUGGGAUGUAGCGGACUACGUCAUUCCACCCCAGGGCGAGAACUCCGUAUUCGUCAUGACAAACAUGAUCAUAACGCUGAAUCAGACACAAGGACUCUGCCCAGAGCUUCCAGAUCAGACCACGCUGUGUCAGAACGACACGGGCUGCAAAAAGGGAUACGUUGGCACCCACAGCAACGGUGUCCAGACUGGGAAAUGCAGAGUCUACAAACCUCCAAACUCUGCCGUCAAAACGUGUGAGAUCUUUGCCUGGUGCCCAGUGGAGGACGAUGACAAAAUACCCACGCCGGCUUUUCUCCAGGACGCUGUGAACUUCACCCUCCUCGUGAAGAACAACAUCUGGUAUCCCAAGUUCAACUUCACAAAGCGAAACAUUCUCCCCAACAUCAACAAAACGUACCUCAAGAGCUGCCAGUACAAUGCCCAAACGGAUCCCUUUUGCCCCAUUUUCCGCCUCGGUGACAUGGUUGAGGCAGCCGCACAGGAUUUCCAAGACAUGGCGGUCGAGGGCGGCGUGAUGGGGCUGCAGAUCAACUGGGACUGUGACCUGGACAAGCCUGCUUCUCGUUGCGUGCCCAAGUACACCUUCCGCCGUAUUGACAACAAGGAUUCUGCCCACACCGUAGCGCCCGGAUUCAACUUCAGAUUUGCAAAAUACUACCAGACCGCCGGCGUCGACUCCCGGACGCUCAUCAAGGCCUACGGCAUCCGCUUUGACAUCAUGGUGUUUGGGAAGGCAGGGAAGUUUGAUAUCAUUCCUACGAUGAUCAACGUUGGAUCGGGCCUGGCUCUGUUUGGCGUGGCAACAGUCCUCUGCGAUGUCAUUGUCCUGUACUGCAUGAAGAAAAGAUAUUACUAUAGAGAGAAGAAAUACAAAUACGUUGAAGACUAUGAAUUAGGCGCCAACACGCCGUACGGAUCCCAGUCAGGAACGCCGGAGCGCUGUGGUGUCCGAUGACGGCCCCAAAGUGAAAGCGGUCCGACUGAUUUCACGCACACAGACUGUGAAUGUGACCCCCGUCUCUCUUAGGAACUGAUUGAGUCGCGUUGUGUUUCUGACGUUGUGGGGUGGGGGGGGGAGAAACCUGUCGAAAGGAUCUCCGUAUUGCUGCCCCGGUGGGCUCCGUUCAGUCCUGCGUCUGUUUUUCAUGCCCUGGCUAAGCCCAAAGCACCUUCUGGAUUAAAGGGAAUGGGAAGAUUGCAAUACUUUGUAAAGAACUCCUCACGCUUUCCGUGAAAGUUUUUGGGGGAUGUUUGGAUCUGCAAAGCCCUGAGCGCUGCUCUGAGGUGAUUCUGGAGGCCCUCUAAGCUGUGGCCGUGGACAUUCAAACGGGGUCUUGCUCCCUGAACCUGUUCGCCCUGUUCCAUGCAUCGACGCCAGAGAAUUCUGGAGGGCCGUGGGGCAGAAAUCAUCCCCGCGUGCUCCUAGAAUCCCCAACUCGCUUUUGGGUCGACUCGUUUCCCUUCUGGCAGGCGAAAUCCCUCCCUUGUGCAGCCCUGCUGAACUCGAAGCCCCCAGUUUCUCCUGGGUCUGCUUGCAAAAGUUUUGCCUCCUUCCCGGCCCGGCUCAGGGCAGGUCUGGCACAAGCCGGCGUCUUCUGCACAAAUGGUGAAUCCCAGGCACCUUUUCCUCCUCUGCCCCAGGGGCCCAGCAAAAGUGGCCCAAAUGUGGGAAUUCCCUCAGGACUACAAUUCCCAGCAUUCUCAGGGGCAGGGAAGGAGCCACGGCGCUUAAGCCAGCUUGACACGUGGACGUACCCUGAGCGUUACUACCAGGCCUCCUCUUCCCUUUCCUUCCGCUCCCGUGGACGUGUGAAUUGGGGGUCCCGGGAUGGGGGAGAGGCCUGAUUUUGCAGAGAAAAUAAAGGCCUUGGAAAGCUC